AUGGCUUCGACGCAAGAUGUCACUAAAACAAAGGACAGCGGAUCAGGAUCAAGGUCAACACAGGGGGACUCAAGCCAGCUUAGAGAUGAUCUUCUUGCAUUCUUAAAAAAGCUGGGACUUGAAGAGUACUACCCAAACAAGCUGACUCUGAAGACUCUGCUGGAGAUCAACAAAGCCAGUGUAUCUGAUAAAGAAGUUCACUCACUGCAAGCAAUGCCAUGGGUUUUCUUACGAAAGUUACUGAUGGUUGAUUCAAAUUCAAGAUCUUUAGAGUGGGAAGCUGAAGAAAAUAAUAAAACACAAGAUUUGUUUGCUGAGCAGGACUGUGAUGGUACUAUAAAUCUUCUAGAUCUCACCACUGCCCUCUUUAUCUGUGCAGAUAGUUUUCUCCAGCAAGAAAUGACACUUAAAAUGUCAAUGUGCCAGUUUGCAGUACCAUUUCUGUUACCUCGCGGAAUGCAUAACCAGUCCACUCUGAUGUUAUGGGCACUUCGAGGUAUCCUGAAAGAAUGGCGCCCACAUUCAAUGUCAGAAUCUAAAGGCUUCAUUGAAGACAGUGUUGUUAAUGCUAAAAUUCCAUUGAUAUCAUUUGUGAGGCUAAGCAGCUGCAGCUUGUCCAAGUCACAGGUUUUGAACCAAGUGCUCAACAAGUCACAGCAGCAUCAUGACUUCUUUUCACAUCGAGAAAUGAUUGGAGGAGCUUCUCCAAGAAUUAUUUCUAAUGGCCUGGUGGAAAUAUGCUGGAGUCUUCCAUCUGGAAACAAUAGCAUUGAUGUCUUUCAUGAACCAGUUGUGAUUGCUAAUUUAAGAGGAGAUGUUUGCACAUUUGAAACAAUAUUCUGUUUCCUUACUCAGGUGUCAGCAGCUGUUUUUGUGUUCCUGGACAGUGUUGAAGAAAUGGAGCAAAGGUUGCUUGCCUCUUUACAAAGAAACCUGUCCAAUAUCUUUCUUGUGGUUAACUCUCAUAGAAAUAUGAACCAAAAUCUAAAGUCAUCCAUUAAAGCAAUAGUCGAUACUUUGCAACUGCAAAGAGAUAACAUUAUUCUUAAAAGCCAAAAAGUAAAUUUGGCUAAGUUCUCAAAUAUGAUAAUUUCUGCCAUUAAAAAAAUCCUAGAUGGGGACAAGCAAACAACAUAUGAAAUAAAUUCUAUGAAGAAAAUUGCUCAAAAGUUUGGUCUUAACACUGAUGAAAAUGAAAACGGAGCCUGUGGAUCAGCUGAAGAAACAGCAGAGGAAAUCAUGAAACGUAUCGGAGUUCGCCGCAUAGUGGAAUAUAAAAAGUCACGGUUGCCACUGCAAGGUGAAAACUGGAAGAGACUGGCUCAGAUAGAAAAAGAGCAAUGCAGAUUAAAACAUUCAGGGGAACUAAGUUUAGAGGAGUAUAAAGUUCAACUUCAAAAAGAAAAAGAUGAAAUUCAGAAAAAACAAAGCCAGUACAAGAUAACAGAAACAAUGAACAUCUUAAUAAAUGCAUUGUCAGUAUUUGAUAACACUGAGCGAGCUUUUUUCCUUAAAUGGUUGGGAAUAAAGCUGGACAUGCGAUCACGCAAACAGAUGUCAGACCUACGGCACAAAUAUACCCAAUGUGAGCAAAAGAAAGACAAAGAUGGUAUAGCUCGAUUAGACCAGGAGUUGGUUGAUAGCUCUCUUGGCAUAGAGCACUACAUGAGAGAAAUGGGACAAAUCUAUGAGGCUGCUUCAUUUGGUUCAAGUAAAAUCCCUGACAAAAUUCUUAAUCUGCCUACUCUGGCUGCCCAAAUGCUUCUUGAUGGAUUUCCACUUGAACUACUAGAUGGAGAUGCAUCAAAUAUCCCAGAGAAAUGGGUUAAUAAUGUUCUCAUGGAGGUUCACAGGAUGGUUGGGCAGAAAAGCCGUUUAUUAGUUGUGACUGUGUUAGGGGUCCAGAGUACUGGUAAAUCAACACUGCUCAACACUAUGUUUGGAGUUCAGUUUGCAGUGGGCAGUGGACGAUGCACACGUGGAGCAUUCAUGAUUUUCCUUCCUGUGGGCAACGACUUGAAGGAGGAGUUACUCUGUGACUUUGUCCUUCUGAUUGAUACAGAGGGUUUGAAAUCUCCAGCACUGGCACAACUGGAAGACAGUUACGAGCAUGACAAUGAAUUGGCCACAUUUGUCAUUGGUCUUAGUGAUGUAACCAUCAUCAAUGUAGCAAUGGAGAAUUCCACAGAGAUGAAGGACAUCCUGCAGAUAGCAGUUCAUGCUUUUUUACGAAUGAAGGAAGUUGGCAAAAAAACUGUCUGCCACUUUGUCCACCAAAAUGUUGCUGGUGUAUCUGCAUAUGACAAAAACAUGACAGACCGACAAAAGCUCCUGGAUCAACUAAAUGAGAUGGCGGAAAUUGCAGCUGAAAUGGAGAAGAAGCCUAAUGUGAAGAAAUUCACUGAUGUUUUGGAUUAUGAUGUAAAAAAGAAUAACUGGUAUAUACCAGGUCUAUGGCAUGGCACACCACCAAUGGCACCAGUUAAUACAGGCUACAGUGUGGCUGUGUUAGAUUUUAAGGAAAAACUUUUGGAAAUGUUUAAAGAAAGAAAAGAUGAACAGUGCUCUCAAAUACCAGACUUCCUUCAAUGGAUGAGUAGCUUGUGGAGGACAGUGAAAUUUGAAAACUUCAUCUUUAGUUUUAGAAACACUCUUGUGGCCCAUGCCUAUGACAACCUUUGCAAAGAGUUUUCAGACUGGGAGUGGUUUUUCAGGAGACAUAUUUUCUCUUUCCUUAGUACUGCAGAAAUUCAAAUAUCUAAUGCUGAAAGCAGUUGCGUUCAUAAGGUUGUUAAUGCACUUAAAGAAACUUCGGAUAAAGAGAUCCAGAUUCAAACAACAGAAAUUACUCAGAAAUUGAAAGAGUACUAUAAAAGGAAAGGCCGUAAUGUGCAUUUGGUGGAAAAGUACAAAACUGAUUUUGUCAAAAACAUUAAAUCUCUGGAGAGUGAAAUGAAAGAAUAUGUGAAAAAAAGAUAUGAUGCUGCUCUUGACAUGAGGAGAAACAAGGAAAUAGUAGAAGAGAUACACGGUAAGCAAGCUGCAAUGAUUGAAGAACAAGUCUUGCAAUUACUGCAAAACUACAAACAUAAAGAUGAGGUCUCUGAGGAACAUCUAAAAGCUGAUUUUGAGGAAAUGUGGACAAAGGUGGUGGCAAACAUCACUGGUCUAAAAGAAAGGGAUGUUCCUGCUGAUGUGUUAAAGCAGCUGCGAGCAAGUUUAGGAAACCGCCAAGUCAGUGAGGAUUUGCAAAAUGUUAAGAAUUUGACAAAUUAUAGGAAAAAGGAUUUCAAGGCCAAAAAAACCCAUAUAAACAUGGGGAAAGGAUUUGAAAAGUUAUCAGCUGUUUUUAAAAUGCAAAGUGCACAACAUGAUCUAGACGUUAUUGCGGUUGAUGUCAUUACCAGUUGUACAAGUAAGAUCGAACAGUUAACACAGUUGAAAAGUGAUUACCAAGAAACAUUUACCAAAGACGUGCUUGAUGAAAUUGAUGCUCACCUCAAAAAAGCAGGAAAGAAGUUUAAUACCAAAUUUGAGUUUGACAUUAAAUUGCACAUUUUGAGCAUGGCUUCUCAUAAAUUCAAAGAAAUGCACAGGAAGUACCUAACUCAGCAAGAUCCAUUAGAACAUCUACAGAAAUUUAAAAGUCAAUAUCUUUCUGAUUUCGCUGAUUUGUACAGAGAGAGAGACCAGUGCCAGAGGAAAGCACAAGACUUUACUCAGCUCUGUCUCAAGCCAGCAGUGACUGAAUACAUUGAGCAGUCUCUCGGACCCGACAUUGUCGAUGCUGUUUUGGAGAACAAUCCUACGGAGUAUAGUACACGAACACUGUUUCAGUACACUAUUCUGAAGGAACUACUCGAAAAAUCAAACUUUAGUGACUUUGCAGGGUACAUUUUGCAUUAUGAGAAUUAUAUUAAAGAAUGGAUAAACUAUCACAUUGGUAAAUGCUUUUCCAAAGACAAAUCUUUGGAAAAAUUAAAAAAGAAAAAGCUGAACAUCAUUAUUAAAAAGAUCACUGAAGCAGUAGCAACUUGUAAACUUGAACCUGAUGGAUCUCCUUUGCCCAAUAAUGCAGAAGGUACUGCAAUUUUGAUCCGCAAUCUUUGCAAAGCUAUGAGUGAUGUCAUCUCAAUAUCCAUGAGCACAGUCGACAGGGUACUGUUUCAGAACACAAGCUGUUGUGAGUCAUUCACUAAAAGUCUUCAAGAAUGUCUUAAUGAUCUGAAACGACACAUAGAACAGGAGAUCUCAGAGUCCACUGAUGCCACUGAAACAAUAAAAAAUUUGUCAGUAAAACCCCAAGAUGAGCUUUUUAAGAGGGUGUUUGGUUGUGGAGAGCAGUGUCCCUUUUGCAAAAUACCAUGUGACGCAGGAGGAAAGGAACAUCAGCUACACCAUGCAACUGUACACAGACCACAAGGACUUGCUACCUGCAGAAAUUUGGAAACUAAUGUCCUUUCUGAAGAAAUUUGUACAUCUAGUGUUCAUGGGAAUGGGACAUUUCAAAACCAUGAAACAAAUUUCCAGCUUCACCCCUACAAAGACUACCAGAAAUACUACCCAGACUGGCACAUUGCACCUGACAGGUCUAUAGAGGCCUCAGAUUACUGGAAGUAUGUGCUGGUGAUAUUCAAUAAACAGUUUGCUGAAAGUUACAAUACAUUGCCAGCUGUGUAUCCAGAUGCAUGGAAUACAAUCACUAAAGAUCAGGCUUUUAUUAGUCUGAAGCAAAACUUCAAUAUUAAAUAA